AAAGAUGUGGAAAAGACAUGUACAGACAAUUCACAAUGAUAUUUAAUUUGCUAUUAAACAGAAAUGCAAAAUAAAAUGCCAUGGAUAUACUACUACUCACUUAUAUCAGUGAAAAUUAAAAAGUAUGCCACAUUAUGUCGAAAACGGGAAAUAAGCACUCACCUUAAUUUUUGGUGGGAAAGCAAAAAUGAGCCUGAGAUUCAGGGGAGGGAAUAACCUGGAUGUGUAGAUUUGGGAAUCUGUGUUUACAGGAAAAUGGACAGAGUUAGGGAGAGAGAACACGUGGACUGAGAAGAGCUGAGGCUCAGGCACGGCUACACAAGGUGGCAUUGCGGCUCCCUGGCGGGACCAGCACCACGACUCUAGAGUCAGGAGGAGCUAGUCUUGAAAGCGGACUGUGGGGCUAUGUGGUGCUUUAGGCAAAAUCUGGCACCUUCCUUGUGAUCAGCUGCCACAACUGGGGAUAAUGGGCAUCUCAGAGGGAUGCUGAGCGAGGACCCGAGAUGCUCCAGGUAAAGCACCUGCAGUCAGGAAGCCUCUCCACUCCUGCUUUAUCAGUAAUGCCUCCUUCUCCAACUACCACCACCCCCCGCCUGCCCCCACCUUCUGGAGCUGUCGGGUCCCUCUGGGCUGGGGGCGAGGGAGUGGGGCGGAGGACCUGGCUCAGGUGACGUGACGCUCACAUGACCGGCUGGGCGCCAACGUGGGCAGCAACCCCCAUGCCCGCCCUGCCUGAGCAGAACCAGUUCCCAGAGCUGCCCGGGCGAGGGGCGAGAGGGCUUAGGCGAGCCCAAGGAGGUGCAGACCUGGCCCAGGCCCCACAGGUCAGUGUGAAGGUGGCCACUGCUGGCGUCCCGGGCAGGGGUGGAAGCUGAUGGGACUAGGAUCCAGGAGCAGCGGGGAGAGAUGGGGAGAGAGGAGGGGGUCCCGAGAUGAAUGUGGAGAACGGCGAGGCGCAAUGUGGGUAGGUGGCCCCGUGUCCUCCUCGACGGCCCUCCUCUGUGCCUUCAACCCAUUUUUGAGCCUGAAAUUGCUAGGGUUGGGCGGGGGGAGAUGCGCCCCCGCAGUGCAACGGUGAAACGUAGACAAAUUCUGAAAAUAAUUCCCUUUCACACUCUGAGCCCAGGAGGAAAUAACUGACCUCACGUAAAGGGGUGGGGAUGCGGCGGGUUGCUUGCGCGGGAGGAAGACACAGACCCAAAAUAGUUUGGAAAGCAUCCUGGUCUAGUGCCUGUGGCCUGAGAAGUAAUGGUGGCUGGGAUGCAGGAGAGGUAGGGGGAAAAUUGUAGGAUGAGGAGGGCCCGGAUUCAGGAAAGGGACCCCAGCCCAUGGACCGUGCAGUCCCUCUCUGUCUUCUGUCUGUCUGCAGGUCUGCAUGUCUGUUCCCAACACUCUGCAAGGCUAGAAAAGGAGGAGAAACCUGGCCAGAAUCCCUGCAAGUCAGUGAAAAAUAAGAGGGCACUGGACAGGCAUGGGUCUUGGGGGCACAGCUUUGGCAGCAUUUUAAGGCCCCACUUCCCAUCCCCCCACCAGAUAAAAUAUAUACCCUCCCUGCCACGCUAAAGGAUGGUACAAGGUGGUAGGGCCUUCCAGGGAAUGGUUGGCUCUCAGUGCAGGAGGAAUGGUGGGGUAAAGGGUAGGCAGAAGGCACGCUAGGCCCGGCCAGGUCAGGGGACCACUGACGCGGGUCAGAUGCCAGUGCUGUCCAGACCUGCCUUCCACCCAAGCCCGCAGUCUCCCUUGUCUCCUCUUUGUCUCUUCUCCACCCCCACCUUCACCCCCAGGACAGGAAGGGGAGGGGACAUCUCAACAUGGAAAAACUGCAAUGAAAAUGAAGGAAAGUUGGAAAGUGAGGGAAAGCCAGAAGAUGAAGUAGAGCCUGAAAAUGAAGGAAAGUCAAAUGAGAAAGAAAAGCCAGAAGUGGUGGGGAAGUCAGAAUAGGAAUGAGAGCUCCAGAAUGAGGGACAGCCAGACGAGGGGAGACAACCUGCACAUGAGGGACAACCAGCAGAUGAGGGGAAGCAAGAAAAGCAGGGCAAGUUCGAAGCUGAGGGAAACGCACUCAAGGGAAAGCCAGGGUCCCAGGCAAAGUCAGAGAGCCAGUCGCGUGCUGCCAAAAAGUGCCCUGCUGAAGAUUAUGUGCCCCAGAAGGCAAAAAGAAAAAAGGAGGAUUCCCCCAAGGACUAUCGGGACAACUUACAGGAAAGGCAUCUGGAGGAGAUACUGAGAGAAUGUGGAGAUCUGUCAAUGGCUCAGCUUGAAGAGCUAAGGAAAAGACAGAAAUUGGGUGGAUUUCAUUGGAUACAAAGAAAUGUACAGGAUCUAUUCACCCCAAGGGGGCAAUGGGGUGUCAAGGGAACGAAGGGAGGAGGGAGGAGCCAAAGGGGCAUACAUGAUAUCCCAUAUCUUUAAUGCCUUGGCAUUUGAUUCUGGUUUCUUUGAUGAGAAUAUCACUGACACUGCUUUCCCUGGCAGGCACUUGCCAGGCU